CUGUGACUCAUCGCUGCCGAAGUCGGUCGUCUCUUCAAGUGUAGCGGUUUUUCCCCCUCCACGUUCUUCUCUGACGCCAGGUUUUCUCUCUAAUCGUCGGACGGGCUUGAGAUGUUACAUUUUAGGUCUUCGGGAGUUCUGAAGGACUUGUUUGCUGCCACCCUUAAGCGUCCUCUGCCCGUGUCGAGCCAGAAGAGCUGGCUCCCCACUCGCCGCCGUGACUUGGGCACCACCUCCGCAGAUGCCAGAGCAGCUCAACUCAAGGUCCUCCAUGCCGCCGCCGACUCGCGACGCUUUGGGCCGCACACGCAACACUUCCGCAGCUACUGCGCGAAGGUAGAAGGCGCCGUGGAGCCGGAAGAACAGCAGAAGAAAGAUGGUGUCAGUCCCGCGGAGAGCACCGACAAGAGAAGAAAUGCAGGAAUCCUUCCCAGCCUGGAGGAUCUGCUCUUUUACACCGUGGCUGAAGGUCAAGAGAAGAUUCCCGCCCAUAAAUUCCUCACGGCACUAAAAGCAACUGGGCUCAACACAGCCGAUCCCAGACUGAAGGAAUGUAUGGAGACGCUCAAGGAAACUUUGAAGAAAACCCCGGAUGGUGUGACCCUGGACCGACACCUCUUCAAAAAGUGUGUCCAGAGCAACAUUGUCCUGCUCACUCAAGCCUUCCGCAAGAAGUUCGUCAUCCCUGAUUUCCAGUCCUUCACCUCUCACAUUGACGAGCUGUACGAGUCAGCCAAAUGUCUCUCUGAUGGACAGGUGGCAGACUACAUUCCUCAGCUUGCCAAAUUCAGUCCUAACUUGUGGUCGGUGUCUCUGUGCACCGUUGAUGGACAGAGGCACACAAUCGGAGACUCCAAGGUUCCGUUCUGUCUGCAGUCCUGCGUGAAACCGCUCAAGUACGCCAUCGCUGUCCAUGAUCACGGCACAGAGUAUGUCCACAGUUUUAUCGGGAAGGAACCUAGUGGCCUGCGCUUUAACAAGCUCUUCCUGAAUGAAGAUGAUAAGCCCCACAACCCCAUGGUGAACGCCGGCGCAAUCGUUUGUACGUCACUGAUAAAGCAAGGUGAAGGCAACGCCGAAAAGUUCGACUAUGUGAUGAAUUUCCUAAAACAGAUGGCUGGAAAUGAGUACGUCGGCUUCAGCAAUGCCACUUUUCAGUCUGAACGGGAGUCGGGCGACAGGAAUUUUGCCAUCGGCUACUAUAUGAAAGAAAAAAAGUGUUUCCCUGAGGGCACAGAUAUGACGUCUGUCCUGGACUUCUACUUUCAACUCUGCUCCAUCGAAGUGACCUGCGAGAGCGCCAGUGUCAUGGCGGCCACCCUGGCAAAUGGAGGUAUCUGUCCGAUCACCGGCGAGCGCGUGCUGAGCCCCGAGGCAGUGAGGAACACUCUCAGCCUCAUGCACUCCUGCGGCAUGUACGACUUCUCGGGACAGUUUGCCUUCCACGUGGGUCUGCCCGCUAAGUCUGGGGUGUCCGGAGGAAUCCUCCUGGUGGUGCCAAACGUCAUGGGCAUCAUGUGCUGGUCUCCUCCUCUGGACAAAUUGGGCAACUCUGUCCGAGGGAUACAAUUCUGCACGGACCUCGUGGAUCUCUUCAACUUCCACAACUACGACAACCUGAGGCACUUUGCCAAGAAGCACGAUCCUCGUCGGGAGGGAGGAGACCAGCGGGUAAGGACGCACAACACCCCGUUGAGUGUGUGUGAGGAGAGACAGACGCAACACAACCGUUCGCCAGAUACUGCGACUGCCGGUGAUUCCAGCAACACGGCUUCGGACCCAUGGAUUACGAGAGUCUCCAACAAGAGCUAGCCCUGAAAGCCCCUCUGUGGAAAAAAGUCUCUCCAACUGAGUCGCACCAGGACAGCUCCACCACUGUAGUCUAUAGGAUGGACAAAGUCAGCGAGUGACUCGCUUAUACAAACCAUGCCGCUACACACUUCCAGCUCGACCGCUCUGUACCGCAAUAUUUAUGUAAAUUAUUUAAGGGAUUAUUUAUUGCACCUGGAGGAGGAGGCUACUGGGAUCUGUUGAUAAUCUGUGAUGGAGGUAGACUGCAGCUUGUUUAUUGACAUGAUUCCGAAGCGACUUGCUGAAACGCUCUUCCUACUAGUUGGAUUGGGAAAUUACUGUUGCUGAAAUUGAGCCAGUUGUAGAUGUGACAUUUGGAAGCAAAGUGAAUUCACUUAAAAGGAAAGUUGAUAAAGUCAUCCAGUCAUUAUGUGGCACUGUUGCGCGACUUCCAUGCUGCUCACCACACACUUGUAUAUUUGCUGCAUCUGUACAACAGACUCCAGGUCUGUUGCUCGUACUUCCUGCUGUGACUUUGAUCACCAGCGUUGCAGUGAAGAUCUGUUGCGCUGGGAAGUGACAUUCCAUAGUUGGGAACAAUUCCUUUCCUCCACCUUAAAAUCAGUAUUUCCAAGGUGAUCCUUCUUCACAUGCCCGAUUUCACUCGCACCUCGCGCACACAUGACAGUAUUAGUUCGUGUUUGCUUCGAGAGAGAGAAGUAUCGGAGUCUUGUUUACGCCUGAAGAGUGAGUCAACCGUUUUCCUUUCUUCAUCUUUGUGAGUGAACUCACAGCUAAGUGAGUUAGUGCUGAGUUUGUUAGUCAUUUAGCAGCUUUGUUUCCAAAUGCUGGAAGAGAUUCUCUUCCAUUGAGCUCUGUCAAUAGAAACUUGGAUUAGAGCUGAUGUUUCUUUGUGUUCGCAUUGUUUGAAAGACGCUGGCAGGUAACAACAUUCGUCAUUUAGAAUCCUCUCCUUUCGAGUGAAUUCAUUGAGCUUCCGCUGUCUAUUGGCAUGUUAAAGUUAAAAUGAUGGGAAGAUGUUGAUCAUGACAUUGGCAUCGUAGCCUACAUGCUAGUGCUGCUACUGUUCUCAUAUGGUCGGGGUGUUUUGAGCCCGCCACACUGUACCCCCCUCACCGGGAAGUUUAGAUCUGACUCAUCGCCAACACUAUGAAGGUCGUUGUUUGAACAGACGGAACCUUUACUUCAACACUCGAUGGCAGUAAAUCCAAUAUUGUAAAGGUUUCUCAGUGGAGAGUUCUUGGUAGAAAGGGACACUUUGUUGAGUCGAAGUGGUUCCUCUCAGGUCUAUGAAGCUUUGCAGAAGUCUAGUGGUUUGUCCUCCUGAAAACUACUUGCACACAAAUGCACAAAAAAAAUCAGCUGAUGCCUUAGAAGUCGCUCAGUCGCUGUAUAAAUGUGACCUGAACUAUUAAAAACCUAAAAACCAAUUGUGUGUCAGGGACCUCUGGGGCCAUUUUACUAGCCAUUCAGGUUUUUUGUGACCCAAAUUUUCUCUCAACUUUUAGGUCGUGGUCGCCCUUGACAUGUUUUCUCUGGAUGUGUGAGCGAAAUAAUUUGCACAGGACAAUUUGUUUUUAGAUGAUUUCUCGCUGUCUGCCUCAGAAAACCCUCAGUAUUUGUUUGUAUUUGUUACCGGCGCGCUGCUGUUACGUGGAUUUACAAGCAUUUGUCCCACGGGAGAGGAUUUACAGUCAGCUAGCAUGUCGCGUUCCUCAAUGCUAGCGGCUAGUAGUCGUAACGUUAGAAACCAGAAUGCACAAACUGUGUUUGUCUUCGUGGAAGUUGCAAGAGCUGACUAGGGAAAGGUGGUGGACACUCUGGAAAGACACAAGGUCGAGUUGUGGAGGGUGUCCCCUCCACAUUUGGCCUCACAGUUGAGUCGUGUCCCCAGUUUUUCACUUCUACAUUCAUGUCUGUCAUAAACCAAAGAAACACUGGUCGUUUCUGUUUCCUCUGCUGCUAAACUGGCUUCCAACUAACUCACCCUGGACAGGGCUUUCACUGCUACCGAUCAGCGUUGGUGAUCAGAUGUAUUGACUAUUUGGGAUCUGUAGCGGUGGUUUGAUCGAUGAUGAAUGGGGAACAUCAUGUGUGACAUCAAAUAUCAGUUCCUGUCUUGCAUGUUGUUGGUGUGGCGUUCGAAUGUCUCCGUGAAAUUCCAAUGUUUUCAUACAUGAAUCCGAAAUCGCACCACAGAGCCGUUGGGUUUUAGGUUUGAAAAGAAAGUAGGAUUUUACUGGUUAGUGUUUUCACUAUUGCAAGAAAUAGUGGCACCCUGGUUUCCUCCUAAUACGAAAAUACAGCUUCAUAAAUGAGAAAUAUAUUCUGUUAUGUUCUGUUUACUAUUUUAACAUUAAAAUCAGAAGUAUGAUGCUGAGGUGACUGGCUAACGUUCAUUCAAUGUGAAUGUGUCGAAAUGAGUCUGAGACUCUGAUCCAUUUAGUCUGCAGCGAUGGAGGACGGGUGAUGCACCAAUAGGAUCCUCAAUCGAUUAUACCUGAUAUAAAGUAAAUGUGAUGCUUCAUACUCUUCAUAUCACGCCUGUAAAUGCCCGUCUGGAGGGUGAAAUCUGCUUGUAUAUAUUAGUUGGAGACGUCAAGUGAUUCAGUUCACCUUCAAUUAUAUUCUGAAGAGUCAGUUAAGAAGGAGCAAAAAUACCUCAAACAUCCAAAACUCAACGGUUCUGUGGUCCACUUUUUAGAUUUUUUAAAAAUCAUUUUCUUUUUUUUUUAAUCAAUGAUGUUUGCGAUACAUUCAUGACUUGUUCUGUCACCAAAUUGUUUUAAUCCACUUUUUUUUUAUUCAACAUCUUCAUGAGUUGGUGUGUGUAUAUGCGAGUGUCGAUGUCUAAACCUGAAUAAAGCCCUGCAAGUGUUUCUCUAAACUUGUCUGAUGAUCAUCAUUUGUGUGAAGGAGGGGGGCUUUGAUCUAUCAAUUUAGGUAAUGAAGUCGUCCUUAAACACAUCAUUUUAUACCUCACUGUGCUAUAUAAACGUAUAUGUCUCGCACACCUAGAACAGACAAUGAUAUCCACAUUAAAAUGUCAUCAUUAUGAUAGACAUUAAAAUGUCUCCCAUUCUUCUUAUGGUCAUUUGUGACACUGGCCUUGCUUUGUUCCUUUAAAAGAGACGGCUCUUGAAGCACGUGCUGCAGAGGUUGUUGGUUUGAGAUGUGGAGUUCCAAAUGUGGGCUUCACCAAGGUUUAUGAUGCGUGUGUGAACCUGUCAAGUUGAAGUCAUGCACACAACAAUUCCCAUCUAACUGUCAAUUCUUAAUUCUGUUUCAUUUCAGAAAUGAAACAGAAAUGCCCCGUUGAAAUUGGUCAAGAAAUCUGUGGCACACAAAUGCAGCCUCUAGGUUCCAACAGGAGCUGCUGUCCUGGACACUAAAUUUCUAUUUUUAUAUUUGUAAAUUGGAUUUUAAUUUUGCAUGCUGAGAAGAAAAGAAAAUACUUUGCCAAAUGAAUUCUGAAGAGGAAGCAAAGGUUUGUCAGGUUUGUUGUGCUGCACAGUCCAAGAUGUGCGUUUAUUUUGAAUGACUCCCAGUGCAGUUUUUAGUUGCGUCUUUUUUGUAGUUUUUUUUUUUUUUUUUUUUGCUUUUAGGAAAGACAAGUCUUUGCUGUGUCCUGGUAAGUGUUGCUGCAGGAGUGUUUGUGGCUGUCUAGUCGUGUGUUGUUGCUAGUGUAGCUGUGGUAGUUGUGUUUUCCAACCCUCAUUGUGUGUUCUUUUUCCAAACUAAUCCUCUGCUGUGGUCGAGUCUGUCUUGAGUUUUGUGUCGCUUCUACUGCAUCUCUGUUUUCUCUGUGU